GCUACCUGAGUUCCAGCAGAUAAGAAUAGAAGCAGCGAGGACAAUACCUGGCAGGGCUUUCUCUCACGGGUCUCUCCCAGAGCGCCAACCUUUGCAAACGUAGCAAGAAGAGACGCAAGCCAAGGAGAGCCACAGCUAAGAGAAUUUGUAAGGAUGGACUUCCUUCCAUUUUUCUCCUUUGAGACGUGGGCUCUUCUGAUCACAUCCAUAGGACUCCUGUUGCUCUAUGGGGUCUGGCCUUAUGGUGUCUUCCAAAAGUUGGGUAUUCCAGGACCGAAGCCCCUCCCUUUCUUUGGCAGUACGCUAUCCUAUCGCAAAGGAGUGUCGACGUUUGACGAAAGCUGUUAUAAAAAGUAUGGGAAAAUGUGGGGGUUUUAUGAUGGACGACAGCCUGUGUUGGCUAUUACUGAUCCUGCCAUAAUUAAAACUGUCCUGGUGAAAGAGUGCUACUCUGUCUUCACCAAUCGGCGGAGUUUUGGCCCAACAGGCAAAUUGAGAACUGCUGUUUCACUAGCUGAAGAUGAGACGUGGAAGCGGAUCCGCAUGAUUCUCUCACCAACCUUCACCAGUGGGAAGCUGAAGGAGACCCUGCCCAUUAUCCAACAUCAUGUAGAAAGCCUGAUCAAACAUGUGGGGCAAAAAGUCGAAAAAGGAGAGCUCUUGGAUAUUAAAGAAAUUUUGGGAGCCUACAGCAUGGAUGUUGUCACCAGCAGCUCCUUUGGAGUGAACACCGACUCCAUGAACAAUCCCAAAGACCCCUUCGUCAAGGAGGGAAAGAAACUUGUGAAGUUUAAUCUAUUUUCCCCGCUCUUCAUUUUAUUGUUUGCCUUUCCAUGGCUCACUCCUGUCUUGAACAUGAUGAACGUUAGCUUGUUCUCCAGCGAAGCAGUAGAGUUCUUUGCAAGGUCAAUAAAAAAAAUUAAGGAAAAACGGGAAAAAGUACAAGAAACGGGCAGAAUGGAUUUCUUACGAAUGAUGAUCGAAUCCCAAAAAGCAGCAAUAAACCAGGAUGGCAAUGGUGUGAAUAAAGCUUUGACUGAUGAGGAGAUCAUGGCACAAGCUGUUAUAUUCAUAUUUGCUGGCUACGAGGCCACCAGCAACCUCCUCGGCUACUUGUUGUAUGAAUUGGCCAUCAACCCUGAUGUUCAGCAAAAGUUGCAGGAUGAGGUUGAUGCCGUUCUGCCCAAUAAGGCUCAAUACACUUAUGACUCUCUCAUGCAAUUGGAAUACCUUGACAUGGCCCUGAGUGAAGUCCUCCGGAUGUAUCCAGUCGGCGGUCGCAUCGAAAGGGUCUGCAAGAAGACGGUAGAGAUAAAUGGAGUCCUCAUUCCAAAAGGAACUGUGGUGAUGAUUCCACCCACUAUCAUGCAUUACGAAGCUGAAUACUGGGACGAACCCAAAGAAUUUAGACCCGAAAGAUUCAGUAAAGAGAACAAAGACAGCAUCAGCCCCUACGUUUACAUGCCUUUCGGAACUGGUCCCAGGAACUGCAUUGGGAUGAGAUUUGCCCUCCUUACCAUGAAGGCAGCUGCUGCCCGCCUGAUGCAAAAUUUCACCUUCAGGCCCUGCAAAGAAACACAGAUCCCGUUGGUGCUGAAUACAUUGGGACUGUUGACACCUGAAAAACCCAUCAUUUUGAAAGCCAUUCGUAGAGACAGCUCUACACAUUAACAGAAGUCUUCCAGUGGAGUUUUUAAGAGAUCCUUAUGGAAGAUCAUCUCACCUACUCUGCGAGAUUUGCUGCAAGCAUAUUACCACUAUGAACUGUUAUUUUUGUAUAUAAUUAUUGGGGCUUUAUUUGCGUAAGGACCCAUCCCUUGCCAUGUGAUUACAUGGUCAUUUCAGUUUCCUUUUAUGAAAAAUGUGGGACCACAUUUACAUGCCUUACUACUGUACAUAUGUUAACAUGCUUGUAGGUAGCAUAGAAGAUAGACAAGCAUUUUUCAGGGGUCACUAAAAAGUGUCAAAGUGAAUAGGCAUAAUUGAUCCUCACUUCCCUGAUUGGCUAUGAUUGCCUCUGUGACCAGUCCAGGAAGAGUAUCUAUAAUUAUACAUAUGAAUAGUUCAGGAUGCAUUGUUCACUCUAAAAUAGCAUUGUUUGCCUUAGUGACAUGAGCAUAUAGUGAAAUCUAAUUUUUUGCAUGAGUCCCUGAUUGGUUGGGAUUAGUUUAUGAAGAAAGGAGUCCUAAACAACAAGGAAACUGUGACAAGGAAACAACAGAUCGGGGUGGGGGGGAUGUGAGGUACGAAAAGCUUCUCAGGGUUAGCAUUUUUUAAAGGAAUUAUUUUACUUUUCCCCAAAAGCACUAGUACUCCCCCUACCCCAAACUGAAACAGGUGAACACUUAGCACAACUGUCCUUCUCGCAGUGGUGGCAUCAGAAAAAAUAUUGGGACCCCAGAAUGGGCAAAGUGCAUUCCAAGUGCCUUUUCAUCAAGUUACUUGUCUUGGGGGAUCACCCCCUUUGUCUGACUUCUGACACUGCCUAUGUUCUGUGCACAUUUUCUUAGCAAGCAACCAUAAGCUUUCAAGUAGUAGAGGGUUAGUGUGGUGUAGUGGUUAGAAUGUCAGACUGAGACUCGGGAGACCUGAGUUCUAGUUUUCACACAGUCAGGAAGCUCACUGGGUGACUUUGGGCCAGUCAGCGACUCUCAGCCUAGCCUACCUCACAGGGUUGUUGUGAAGAUCCAAUGGAAAAGAGGAGGGUCAUGAAUGCCAUCUUGAGCUCCUUGAAGGAAAGGCAGGAUAUAAAUGUAAGAAGCAAAUAAAUCAUCAAUAUAUUAGCGAUCUUUUAAAGUAUUUGUUCCUUCUUCAGUACAAGAAGCAGCAUGAAUACUUUCACAGUGCAGCCAUUGGUCCUGGAAUGGGAAUUUGGUUCUUAAUGGCCUUGUUCAGAAGACACUUUAACCACAGUGAAGAAGGCUUUUGGCCUUAGUCAUCAUGGUUAAAGCUGUGGUUUAAGGUGUCUUCUGAACACAGCCAAUGUUUUCACUGGCAGAAAGAACAGGGUGGGAGGGAUUUUGAGUCACCUUCAUUCCUACACUGCACUUCAUGACUAAUGAGUUUGGGGCUGCAUUUAAUGACACAUGCCCCCAAACUAAUAUUCUCAGUAUGACAGACAUCUCAGGACAUGAGUAUAAAUGCGGAUAUAAAAAUUAAGUAUAAAUGCAUUUUGAUGAGGAACCCAAGGAUGCAUGUAUGUUUGUGCAUAAUCAUUGAAGAACAGCAAAAAUCUCAUACAAGUAGUCUAAUAUGUUUCAAGGGCUUUAACUGUAUAAAAAUAUUAAUAAAAUGUAAUUUUAUAACAUUUUAAAUUCA